AUGUCGUUCAAGGCAGAUCAGACAGUAAUCAACGUGCUACUGACAGGGGCCGGGAAGAGCAUAUUAUUCAUGCUGCCGGCGGUAAUGCGGGAUAUAGGCACAAGUAUCGUAGUGGUGCCGUUUGUUGCGUUUAUGAAUGACUUCGUCACGCGAGCAAGGGCUAUGGGCAUCGACUGUAUCCGAUUCAGGUCAUCGAUGAACGCCGGGCGGGAGGAGGUGCCGCAGGCAGCACGGGCUGCUGCAGCGAAUAUUCAUCGACGAAUGUCACACGAUCAUCAUGGAUAUUCGGCUACAGAGCUAAGCUUGGUUCAACAGGUUAAGGCCGGGGGCGGGACGCUGGAAGAGCGUACGGUUGAGGUGAUUAAGCAGCUGGACAGAGAUAGGACGGGUCGUCAGAAGGGGGUCAUAUACUGCCAAUCAAAGAGGCAGUGUGAAGCUAUAGUUGACGAGAUCGGUUGCAGGUUUCAUCACAGCGGCAUGAGCGAAGAGGACCGUCACGAGGCGCGGACGGCUUGGGUGGACGGUCGAAUAAACCGUUGGAUCGCAGUAACAACCGGGUUAGGGACAGGGAUCGACACAGAAGGGAUUGUUGCCGUGGUUCAUAUGGAGAAGCCGUAUGGGCUAGUGGAUUUUGUGCAGCAGACAGGUCGAGGAGGGCGGCGGGCAGGCGAGGCACAGAUGGAGGCGUUCAUAUCGACGCCGGGUUGUCAACGGGCCGUCGUUUCGGCGUUUAUGGACGGAGCAGCAGGGGAGACGUGCAAGGACGUGGAUGGGGCUGCGCUUUGUGAUCGAUGCAAGGCGUUCAGGGAGGUAGAUAACAGCAGCGAGGCCGAUAGUGGGGGUGGUGGUGAGAACGAAAGCGAGGCUGAAUGUGAAACUGGCGAUGGUGAGGAAAGCAGGAAUGAUAAUGGGGGUAAGAGAGGGGGUGCGAUCUGGAAGAGGUUUGGCAUAGAAGAGGGCAUGCAGAUCAGGACGCUUUUCCGGUGGCUAGAUGAAGCAGCACACGAGUGCCCGCUGCCGCGAGAUUGGUGUGAGGGAACGCAAGAUGAGGAGGGCAGAUGUGUAUUUAAGGAUAAGGUAUUACCGGUUGUGUUAAUGGGGUUGCGGAGCUGGCGAGUGAAAAACAUAGUAAAGACUGGGUUUGGUAUUGAUAUUAAGGAUAAGAAGGAGUUUUUUUGCUGGCUAGGGGUUGAAAGGCGGUUUCACGGGAUGAAAGGAACAAACGCACAUGCUUUAUGGGAACUAAUUAUUUGGGAGAAGAGCCGAGGACGAGGUGCAAAGGUGAUGCGGAUGUCGAUAGCCGUGGAGAAGGCAAGAGAAUCGACAUUGAGGCACAGAUUGAGAGCGCCGUUGCCGAAGACAGCGGCGAGGGUAAAGGGCAUUAUCGGCACGAUAGGGGGCACCGUCAGAUAG